AUGAACACCGGAACCCCGCUCCAGAAAAAGCUCUCGAAGCUUGCGCUCUUGCUUUUUGGCAUAGCCUACGUCUGCGCCCUUAUCGUUGAAGCAGCUAACAAGUUCAGUGGUAAGAACGAGGUCGUGAUCUAUGACUUGGCCACAGGACUCAGUAUGAUACCGGCCAGUCUCAUUGUUGUGCUGACAAUCACAAUGGCGGUAGGAACAAAGCACAUGAGCACGAGAAACGUCAUUUUCAGGAAGCUGGACAGUCUCGAGGCUCUUGGUGCUGUGACCAACAUCUGCUCCGACAAGACCGGAACGCUCACCCAGGGAAUUGCGCGCGGAGAUCCGACCGAAAUUUCCAUCCAGGUAAUCGCGUCCAGGUUCGGCUGGAACCGCCAUGGCCUCGUAGGUAGCAACGACGACAGCGACUCAGGAGCCUGGCACUGCCUCCCCGAGUACCCUUUCAAUUCCGACACCAAGCACAUAUCUGUCCUCUAUGGUCGGCGCAAUUCUGACCGUGAAAAGUAUGACUCACGUUGGGUCAUUACAAAAGGAGCUCUCGAGCGCGUUCUGCCUCUGUGCGACUUUAUACAGGACGAGCAGGGUAAUCCACGACCUAUCACAGACGCCGUUUGAAGACUUUGUUUCUGUGAUCGUCACCACAAUUGCGCAGAUGAAACGCUUGUGACUUGCGUCUGGAUGCGCUGCAUCUCCGUUGUGUGCGCCUUGUCAUGUCGUCCCUCUCACGAGAUAAAGCAGCCUAUAAACAGCCACUGCAUCGCUAGACUCGCGGUUGUGUUUAGCUGGUUUUCUCUUUCUCCACCGGGCAUUCUUCUGUACCAUUAUCUAUACGGUGGCACGUUCCUUCCACAAACUAUUCUGUUUCUUCCUUUUCGU